UCACUUCCGGAUGAUGAAAACAUCUUAAUUUUAAAGAAAAAAGGAGAAACACAGCUUAUUUUGGCCAUGGCAACGAAUGUCAAACAAGAACCUGUUGAGGAUACUGACCUAGAAACACGGAUUAUAAUGUUAUGUCAUAAGAAUCCAGAUGGAAUCAAUGAUGCUUUGAUACAAGAGGACAUGCCACAGUUUGAUGUUAAACAGCGAGUUACUGCCAUUAACAGGCUUUUAUCAACAGGCCGUAUAGAUUUGUUGAAGAGCAGUACAGGGAAGCUGAUAUACAAGUUGAAGGACCCGGGAGCAACAGAUGUUCUGAAAGGGGGUGAUCAGCAGGAAAAAGUUGUCUAUCAAAUCAUCAAAGAUGCAGGCAAUAAAGGAAUCUGGAUAAGGGACAUUAGGUUUAAGUCUAACCUGUUAUUGACACAAGUUAACAAGAUACUGAAGAAUCUGGAGAGCAAGAAACUCAUUAAAGCUGUGAAAUCUGUAGCUGCCUCAAAGAAGAAAGUAUACAUGUUAUAUAAUCUAGAACCAGACAGGACAGUGACUGGAGGAGCAUGGUACAGUGAUCAAGACUUUGAGUCUGAGUUUGUGGAAGUUUUAAACCAACAGUGCUAUAAAUUUCUUGUUCAGAAGGCUGAGUCAGCAAAGGAGUCCAAGGUUGAUCCAAUAGCACAGCGGAAUGGUUCCUAUGCUUCUUCUCAGGAUGUUUGGAAAUUUAUUUCAGAGCUGGGUAUCAGUAAGGUUCAGUUGUCAGUAGAGGAUAUUGAGACUAUACUGGACACGUUGAUAUACGACGGUAAAUGCGAGCGAUCUAUAGUGGCCGCAGCUGGGGAUACUGGUCAAACUAAGUUAUAUAGAUCUGUUAAACCUAUUAUAGAAUCUACAGGCCUUAUGAGGAUGCCUUGUGGUUCUUGUCCUGUGUUCCACAAUUGUUACGAGGGUGGAGCAGUGUCCCCAACAACGUGUAUUUAUAUGAAAGACUGGCUGCAGUUAUGACACUUGCCUCGGAACAGUUAUGGAUUUAUGAACUACGUCUUUCAAAAUAUACUUUUUGUAUUGGACUUUGUCGGUCUGCAGUAACUUAUAGGCACAGGAAGUGUUGGUAGAUAUGUGACCUUGUGAGACAUUUAUUUUAAAAGUAAAAUCAAUUGACUGCUUCUAAAGUGAUUGGUGUGUGAUUUACGACUUUGUAAUUGUAUGUCAUUGCACAAGAAAGUGAUUUUAUUGUAAUGUAACAUGAUAAUGUUAUGUAAGACAACUCAAAACAGUCAGAGAAGUUUAGGAUUUUAAUCCAUAACUGCCGUUUAUUUCAACCCAAUGUUUCGCACGAAGUAUUGUAAAGGGAACUGGGUGGUUGAUAUGGGCCCAGUGACAACUCUCAGAUCUGUCGUCAAAAAAUUUAAAAAUCAAAAGUAACAAACCUGAGGUACAAACAGUAAAGAACCUGGCAGACUACAGGGGAUGUUCAGGCUGGCCUGGCUCUAUACUGGUGGCAAAAGCUAGUCACCCAGUUCCAGCAGGGUGAUGGCUUAAGACGUGGUUAUUAUUCAAUACACAACUGUUAACGCCUCUUUAUCAAGGGAUGCUAGUGUCUAGCAAAGUUUGUCAAAUUUGUUGAUUUAACAAACUUCAUGUAUGGGAAAACACAGAAAUGUUAAACACAGAAAAGUUUAGUUGCAAGAAUAAUUUGAAGCUUUUACACAAAAUAUACUCAAAAUGAGAUGUUUGCAACAUUGAAUAUUAUAAGAGUUUUGUCUUCUAUAAGUUAUAUGUGUUAUUUAUUGAAGCUCAGUCAUUUACUAUAUGAAUAAAAAGUAUGGAAAAAGUGAA